AUGGGGCACCAUCCACCACGGAUCGUCGUCAUCAUCAUCAUCAUCGUCAACAUCAACAUCAACAUCAACAUCAACAUCAACAUCAACAUCAACAUCAACAUCAACAUCAACAUCAAUAUCAAUAUCAACAACAUCAACAUCAACAACAAUAACAGCAGCAACAACAACAACAAUAUCAUCACCAUAACCAUAAUCAACGUAACCAUCAUCAACAUAACCAUCAUUGUCAUUGUCAUAAUCAUAAUCAUCAUAAUCAUCAUAACCGUCAUCAUCAUCAUCACGACCAUCGCUCUCACCUCACGUGUUGACACCCACCCGCAGAGUGCGCCGUCCUCGUUUCAUCUCAACAGUCUCGAACUCAACAUCCCAACGCUACAUACCGGCGCCAUGUUUCUGCCGUUCCGGCGGGCGAGUCUGCACUAGUACGAUACGUAAUGCAGCCGUCACCGACGAUCACGACAAGACCGGAAAGACGGAGAGCAGAGUCAGCCCAGCCAGCCCAGCCGCCAUCACGUGUCGGCUCAAGAAUUGCCUCUUCCCCUACCCCUUCAGCAUGGUGUCAGUGCAGUGGCAACUCGGCCCGACCGCGUAACAUUGGACCGGACCGGAAGUCGCUCGUUCCGCCGCUGUCUCUCACCCCACAGUUUUUUUGAGUGCGAUCGGGCCAGGAUGGUACGG